AUGGACCAAACUAAACCACCUCGGAGGAAUCCAUUAGCUUUCACUCCUUGGCCCGUCACGCUGAUCACCGCAGUCGUGUAUCUAGCUUUCGUAAUCCCGCUGCUAGUCAUUCACCAUGUCGUUCCAUCCGCACCCACCUCGAGUCCCGAUGGUCUGAAUAUUACCGAAGCUUGGAACGACCUUCAAGUCCUCACUGCAGGCUACCGCCCGUAUAACUCCCGCCAGAACGACAAAAUUCAUGAUUGGUUGCUGCACCGCAUCAACGAGAUCCUGGGCGCAGCGCCACCCGCGACUACUGACGAAAAGAAACCUGACGUUUUCGUCUUCGACGACACGCGCUCAAACCUGACAUUCGCCCGCGACAAUCUUGCUGUAUACUUUGAAGGGACCAAUAUACUUGUGUAUAUCCGCGGCGAAGAUGACGACCAGGAACAAUGGUGGGAGUUGCCGGAGGGAAGUCCGAAGGGCAAAGGAGGUGUACUGGUGAACGCCCACUACGACAGUGUCUCGACGGGUUACGGUGCUACAGAUGAUGGGGUUGGUGUUGUGACUUGUCUGCAGCUGGUCAAAUACUUCACGACUCCGAAAAAUGCGCCCCGAAAGGGACUGGUGGUGUUGUUCAACAAUGGCGAGGAAGACUUCCUGAACGGCGCCCGCGUAUAUAGCCAGCAUCCGUUAUCGAGGUUUCCGCAUACAUUCCUCAACUUGGAGGGCGCGGGCGCUGGCGGACGCGCGGUGCUCUUCCGCAGUUCCGAUGCAGAGGUCGCUGCGUCUUACAUGCGAUCGAAACAUCCGUUUGGGUCUGUACUAGGCUCAGAUGGCUUCAAGGCGGGCCUCAUUCGAAGCCAGACCGAUUAUGUUGUGUUUGAGGGUGAUAUGGGGCUCCGCGGACUUGAUGUCGCAUUCCUCGAACCGAGAGCUCGAUAUCAUACGGACCAGGAUGAUACUAGGCAUACUAGCAAAGAUUCCUUGUGGCACAUGUUGUCGACCGCUGUCGCGACUACAGAGGACCUUGUGUCUGACACAAGCGAUCGCUUUGAUGGGCCCGCGAGGAAUGAUCACAAGAUAGCGAGUGGAACAGGACACCAGGCUGUUUGGUUCGAUCUCUAUGGAAGCACCUUUGUGCUCUUCCGCCUACAUACUCUAUUUGCGUUGUCGGUCACCCUCCUAGUGGUCGCGCCUAUCGUUCUACUUUUAACAAGCAUUAUCCUAACCAAAGUGGAUAAGAUGUAUCUCUUUAGGACUUCAAUUCGGCCCGAGGGUAGUCUGGAAGUCCUUCCUCUAUACGGCGACCGCGGUGUCAUCAGGUAUCCAUUCCUUCUCGGAAUCCCUACCGCUGUUACCAUAGGCCUGGCGUACUUGCUCACUAAGUUCAAUCCGUACAUUGUUCACAGCAGUCAAUACGCGGUCUGGAGUAUGAUGGUGUCUGUUUGGAUAUUCUUGGCCUGGUUCGUAUCCCGCGUGGCUGACUUUGCUCGGCCAUCUGCGUUCCAUCGCGUCUAUACAUUAACUUGGACCUUUGUUGUCAUGUGGGUUCUUCAGGUCAUCGCUACGGUCUACCAGGACCGUUGGGCCUUGGGGGGCAGUUACUUCAUCUUCUUUGCAUAUGCAGGAACGUUCCUGGCUACGUGGAUCUCGUAUCUUGAGCUCUUCGCUCUGCCGCGGAAGUCCGAAUAUGCUAACCACUUACGGCCUGUGUCGAGGCAUGCCAGCAGCCAUAGUAGCAGGCGGGGACUGUCUGAGGAGGAUGAGGAGGAUGAGGAUGAAGCGCCGACGGAGUCGACGUCACUGCUGGGAAGUCGGCAGCGAACCACAUUUGCAAACUACGUUCGAGUGAACGCGGACACCGCGGACCUCUCAGAUAGCGAGGAGCAUACGCAGGAUGUCAAUGUGUAUGGUCUUGAGCAACGAUGGAGCGCUUCUCUGCCUAAAUGGCUAUGGCUGCUGCAAUUCCUCCUCGCGGCUCCUAUCGUUCUCAUUCUGGUCGGGCCUAUAGCCUUGCUGCUAACUGGUUCCCUCCAUCAGACGGGACAGGAUGGGAGCUCUUCGCUGUUCAUUUACAUUGCCAUUGUGGCACUUACAACACUUCUCUUGUCUCCGAUGCUACCGUUUGUUCAUCGUUGCACCUAUCAUAUUCCGCUCUUCAUGCUAGCCGUAUUCGCCGGGACGUUGAUCUACAACCUUGUUGCUUUUCCGUUCUCCGAUUCCAACAGACUCAAGCUAUUCUUUAUCCAAGAGGUCGAUCUCGAUACUGGUCUAAAUACUGCUUCAUUGACGGGAGUUCAACCGUUUGUGCACGAUGUCGCGGUUGGCUUACCUAGUGCGGCAGGCCAAAAUGUCACUUGUGGCCCUUUUGGCGACAGGUUCAAGUGCUCCUGGACUGGAAUUCCUCCACACGUCCUCACAGAAGACAAACCUGUAGAGGAAUGGCUCUCAUUCGAGGUUUCCCGGUCUAUUGAUAAACCCCGCCACGCUCAACUCCAGAUCUCCGGCCAAAACACCCGUGCGUGCAAGGUCGUCUUUGACUCUCCUAUCAAGAACUUUCAUGUUGCCGGCUCUGCGUACGAUCCUCGCUUCCCGCAUACUUAUGCCAAGGGAAUCAAGGAGAUUCGCCUUUGGAGCCGUGUAUGGGAUAAUACUUGGACGGUGGACGUGGAGUGGUUUAACCCAGACAGCUCGUCAGAUCACAGUAAAACUUCUGGUUCCCUCACCGGGCAAGUUGUCUGCCUCUGGAGCGAUUAUAACCAACCCGGUACCAUUCCAGCUCUCGACGAGGUGCGACAGUAUGGUCCUGCUUGGAUAGGUGUUAGUAAAUUGGCCGACGGGCUCGUGGAGGGUCGCAAGUCUUUCGAAAUCGCCUAGCUUGCCCUGGUGCUUAUUUAUUCUAACGUCGACAACGGUACCAUCGGACGGAUUGAAUUUUUUUAGGCGUUUAGGAUGCGAGCUACGAUUUAUGUUUCUACCUUUCCUUGUCUGUUAGUCCGACUCCUUGCUGGGAGU